GUGCCGUAAGGUGGAGCCGUGCCCCUCAGUCGCGAAGGGUCGUGCGGCGCCUCCCUCCCCUCCCCGCCCCGGCCGCUGCGGUAAGGAUGGCGGCCGAGUUCCACCUGCGCACCGGGAAGCUGGUGGCCCUGCUCAACGGCAACCGCACGGCCAAGCGCAACAAGCCGACCGAGGAGUUCAACCACGGCCUGGCCAUGAGCCGGGAGCCGCUCGGCGACGGGCAGCUCUUCCAGGUGCGCAUCGACCGAAAGGUGAAUUCCUGGAGCGGCUCAAUUGAGAUCGGGGUGACCGCAUUGGAUCCCAGCACCUUGGACUUCCCCAGCAGCGCCACGGGACUGAAGGGCGGCUCGUGGAUCAUCUCGGGCUGCUCGGUGCUGCGUGACGGCCGCUCCGUGCUGGAGGAGUACGGGCAGGACCUGGACCAGCUGAGCGAGGGCGACAAAGUGGGCAUCCAGCGGACGGCCAACGGGGAGCUCCACCUAUGGGUGAAUGGCCGGGACUGUGGGGUAGCCGCCCUGGGGUUGCCCUCACAGGUGUGGGCAGUAGUGGACCUGUACGGCAAGUGCACUCAGGUGACGGUGCUGGGCUGCGACACCAUCCUCCGGAGAGAGGAACCCCUCAGGGCCACCACUGCUGAGGAAGGUUUCGUGGGGAUGGAGCUGUCGGACGUGGUGAACAACGCCAUCCUCUCGGCGUACAACGGCAACCUGCUGAAUGUCAGCCUGGGCAGCCCCCUGGACAGCUGUUCAGUCACCUCCAACGACGCCCUGCUCUUCCACGAGAAGUGCGGCACCCUCAUCAAGCUCAGUAAUAACAACAAGACGGCGGAGAGGAGGCGGCCGCUCGACGAGUUCAACAACGGCGUGGUCAUGACCAACCGGCCGUUGCGGGACAAUGAGAUGUUUGAGAUCCGAAUCGACAAGCUGGUUGACAAGUGGUCUGGGUCCAUUGAGAUUGGCAUCACUGUGCAUAAUCCAAAUAACUUGGACUACCCGGCAACAAUGACCAAUCUCCGAUCAGGGACAAUUAUGAUGAGCGGCUGUGGAAUCCUGACCAAUGGGAAGGGGACGCGGAGGGAGUACUGCGAGUUCAGCCUGGACGAGCUGCAGGAGGGGGAUCACAUCGGCCUCAUGAGGAAAUCCAGUGGAGCAUUGCACUUUUAUAUAAAUGGUAUUGACCAAGGGGUGGCGGCAACCCAGACCCUGCCUACUGUCUACGGGGUGGUGGAUCUCUAUGGCAUGGCAGUGAAGGUGACCAUCGUCCAUAACCACAACCACUCGGACCGCCUGCGCAGGAACAACGCCAUCAUGAGGGCCCUGUCGCCGGACGUGGGGCGGCGUGUCUUUGACUCGGGGGACGUGGAGGUGGAGCGGCUCCUCUUCCACCCCAACUGUGGGCAGAAGGCCGCCAUCGUAUGCGACGGCCGGACAGCCCUGAGGCCGCAUGCAACGGAUGACUUUAACCACGGCGUGGUACUCAGCAACAGAUCCCUCAGGAGCAACGAAAUCUUCCAAGUACGUAUUGACAAGAUGGUAGACAAGUGGGCUGGGUCGAUAGAAAUUGGCGUGACCACCCACAAUCCUGCUUACCUCCAGCUGCCGUCCACUAUGACCAAUUUACGCUCAGGUACUUGGAUGAUGACCGGUAAUGGGGUGAUGCACAAUGGAACUACAAUUCUAGAUGAGUAUGGUCACAACCUUGAUCGCUUAAAGGCAGGUGACACAGUUGGCGUUAUGCGCAAAGAAGAUGGAAGCUUGCACUUCUUUGUAAACAACGUGGAUCAGGGACUUGCAGCGUCCAACGUACCGUCCAAUGUUUACGCCGUAGUUGAUCUCUAUGGCCAAGCUGCCCAAGCCACUAUCAUAGAUGAUAUAGAUCUGCCACCUCUGCCUGACGACAUGUUGGAGGGCAACAACCAGAUCUCUCCCUGCAGCAUCUUCUCACUCACCCCCAGCAACGACCUCCGGUUCCAUCACCUCCACGGGAACAAUGCUGUGAUCACAAACGGUGGGCGGACUGCCUUCCGGCAGAACUGUCGCAGCGAAUUCAACGACGCCAUCGUCAUGUCUAGCAGAACGUUGAGGGAAGGGGAAAUGUUUGAAAUUCUAAUUCAGAAGAUGGUGGAUCGGUGGUCCGGAUCAAUAGAGGCAGGUGUUACAGCAAUCCGUCCAGAAGAUCUUGAGUUCCCCAGUACCAUGACGGAUAUUGACUAUGACACCUGGAUGCUGAGCGGCACGGCCAUCAUGCAAGAUGGGAACACGAUGCGGAACAAUUACGGCUGUGACCUGGACUCGCUGACCACUGGUUCCCGGAUCGGGAUGAUGCGCAGCUCGAGCGGCGACCUCCACUAUUACAUCAACGGAGUAGACCAGGGUGUGGCUUGCUCUGGGCUGCCGCCAGAGCUGUACGCUGUGGUUGAUCUGUACGGACAAUGCGUCCAAGUGUCCAUUACCAGCGGCUCAUUACCGGUGGACAACAGCCUGUCCCUGAGCAAUGCCACUGAGAAAUCCUUUCCAAUACACUCUCCAGUACCAGGCAUCGCGCACCGCUUCCACACCAACUGCGGGAAGUACGUGGCCCUCCAGAACGACGGCUGCCGGGCAGUAAGAGUCCAUGGAUUCUCCCACGGGAUUGUCUUCAGCAUGAAGGAGCUGAAACCUGACGAAAUCUUUGAGGUUAAGAUUGAUGAGAUCGACGAGCAGUGGUCGGGCUCGCUGCACAUUGGACUGACCACCCUUCAGCCGUUUGAGAUCUCCUGUGCCUCGUCGGGGCUGCCAUCUUCGUUGCUGGAGCUGAGGUCGAAGGUCAGCUGGCUGGUCAGCGGCUCGGAGGUCAGGCGCAACGGCGCACUGCAGAAGCAGAACUAUGGCUUCUCACUGGAGCGGUUGACGGUAGGAAACCGAGUUGGUGUGAAGCGGGGCAGCGACGACACCAUGCACAUCUUUGUCGACGGAGAGGACAUGGGUGUGGCGGCGGCCGGCAUUGCCAAGAAUGUUUUCGCAGUCGUGGACCUGUACGGGAAGGUUGUGUCGGUGUCCAUCGUGAGCUCCAGCACCCUGGAAGAGACCGAGAGCACCAAACCGCCCUCGAUGUCGUCGGGCAGCUGCAGCGAAGAGGAGGAAGAUCCGAGCCCUUGUGAGAACGAGGCAUCAGUGUUCAUGGCAACCAUAGAGUUCAUGGAGAAUCAUGGCAGGAACAUACUGCUGUCCAACGAUGGGCACACCGCCACCCGGGUAGCCAGCUACAACCAGGGUGUGGUGGCAUCUGCACAGCCGUUACCCAGGCAACUGCUUUUUCAGAUUCGGAUCGAUCGUUUAAAUACACAGUGGACCUCCUCACUCUCGUUGGGUGUGAUUGGCCAUUGCCCUGAGCGGUUUAAUUUCCCAGGCACUGCCUCCUCAAUCAAACGUUCUGCUUGGCUGAUCCAGCGAGGCUCUGUGUUUCAUAAUUCCUUAAAGAUUUGUGACAAUUAUGGUCCCAACCUGGACACGUGUCCGGAGGGGACUGUCCUUGGACUCCUGGUCGACAACACACAAAGUCUGCACCUGUAUGUUAACGGAAUGGACCAAGGUGUCGCUGCCCAAGAUGUCCCUAACCCUUGUUUCGUAGUCGUCGACCUAUACGGUCAAUGUGAACAGGUUACCAUAGUGACCAAUGACAUCAUGGCCCCAGGAGGUGACGGCAGCCACUUGCGUUGUCAGGGUGACGUGGAGAAAGCUGACGUGGUUGAUGGUAUCAAGGAGAACCUGUGCUGGACACCGCCUCCUGAAGUGAAUCCCAUGAAAACGUGUGAAUAUCAGGCCCUUUGUGCCAGGUUUAAGGAGCUCCUUCCUCUGCCAGACGGAUACUUCAACGAGGAGCUGAAGUGCAACUUGUGCUACUGUGAGUCCUGCCACAAGUUGCGCGGAGACGAGGCGUACUACAAGCGGGGCGACCCACCCAAAGACUACGCCCUCCCCUUCGGCUGGUGCAGGUUCGCACUCAGGUUGAAUCCACGCUGCGAAGUCACCAACGUUUACAAGAAAUGGCACACAGCUUACCACGGGACGUGUGUGGGAUCCCUGAGGCGUGCCCUGGACCAUGGGGAGCUGGUAUCAGCAGGGAGUGCAUCGAUAUUCUGCACCAAGCAGACGAAGGUGGAGCUACAGAAUGGAUACAACGAGCCCGAGGGGAACAGCGCACAGGAGAAGGACGCUGUCAAAGUUAGCCUCUCUCCAACAAUGCGAUACAUCGGGCUCGAUCACUUCUGCCCCAAAAUACGAUUCAAGGACGUAAAAUCCCAGAGGCACCAUCAGGCACAGGUGGCCUUCCAGGUGUGCGUGCGGCCGGGAUCAUACAAGAUUGGGCCGCAGUCGAUCGGGGCCAGCGAGUCCAUCGACCCCAGGUUCAGCAACAACGAGAUCGAGUGGAUCACUAAGGAAAGAGCUUCGACCGUUCUCUACGGCCUCUUGAUCCGGGUGGAGUGAAAGAUCUCCGUUUAAAGACCAAACCCCACCCUCUCUCCCCCCCCCCCCCACUCCCCACCCCCCACCUCACCCUUCACUGUUCCCGCUUAUGAAGAGAGAUCGAGAGCGUGUAAGAUCCCACAGAGAGAAUGCCACUUCAAGUGCUGUGACUGAACUCUGCAAUGGCAGCAACAGGGGGGCGGGGGGGGGGGGCAGUGGCGUUGGCUGUUCAGGGUAGGAGGGUUGGGGCGGUGCAGGCUACAGGGACGGACUGCAACUCACGGGACAGUAGCAUCCGCCCUUGCACACUUUGACACGACUCUCGCACUAGUGGAACGCUGCACUUUUGACUCUUGUAUCAGCUGAACGACAAACAAGAACUAUCCGACGGACUCGGCUGUUCAUUUGAAGUUACUCGUGUGGUUGAGGAAGGGGGGGGAGACCUUUAUUGGAAGUUUGCAGUGGGUGGAGGAAAGGGCGAGGUGGGCUUUCCACUGCAACAAUACGUUUUCUAGGUUUUUAAAGAGGAAAAAGUGUCUUGCGUCUGAACUCUCAAGAGGUUUCCUGGCCAGCUUUGGAAGCUGGAUAAAUGGGAUCACAGCAGAAAGGUCUCUGCUGCUGGCUAAUUGUGCCUCGUCUAUUUUGGGGGUAUUGGAGGGUUUUUUUUUACAGAGAAUGUCCAUUGUCGAGGAAGCCAGCAGAACCCAAGCUGCCUGAGACUAGAAAACGGGCCACAAGCUGCAACGACAGAAGUCCCCUUGGCAAACCUGCAUGGCUGCUGCAGGGAGAUCUGCAGACUUGUACAGUGUGUGAACUGCUGGGUGGGGCGGGUGGUUUGUAAAGGAUGGGGGGGGGGAGGUGGUGGUUGGUGGCAUGAAUCUAUGUUCUGCCAGUAGGCAGGAAAGGAACCAAGCUGCAGGGCCAGAUCAUGACGACAUUGCCACCACAGUGCUGGGUAUAUGCCCAGUCAACCCCGGUGAGCUUUACUGCCUGAAGCCGGUUUGGCCCAGCACAGCAAGAGUUGUGGUCGCUUCCAGGAGGAGGACGUUUGGCCCAUCUUGUUGAUACCGACCAAGGGCAGUUCCGCUUCCCAGCUGUGAAUCCGUAGCUAUCUGAGUUACAGCUCUCAAGGUACUGUUUAAACAUGGUGAGGAUCUCUACUUCCAUCAGUGAGGUGCAGACUCCUACUACUCCGUGUAGGAACAUCCUUUCUGAACUUCCCUCUAAUCUUUCUACCGACUAACUUGAAGCUACGCCCUCAAGUCAUUACCUUCUCUGCUAGGGGGACGCGCGCUUCCUUAUCACCCCCUCAGUUUUGUACACCUCAGUCAAAUGCCUGUCGAUCGACUUUUUUGCAGAGAUGACUGCUUCCCUGGGCAGACCAGCGUGGUUUGCAAUCUGCAGACCAGUUUUUUUUUGUCCUUUUUUUUGCAACCGUAAGGUAUUGUUUUUGCACUGAGCUGUCUGGUCAAUCUACUGUAAAUAUUCCCUUCCCCACCCCUUCCCACCCACCAUCUUUUCCUUAAAAAAAAAAUGCCAGACAUUUUGUAAGAGUGAUGUCCUCCAAAUGCAGAAGGCAUCGCAACAGGAACAGACUGAAGAGAGGGGAGAGCUCCAGAGACUGAGGGGAACCAACUUUGCUUCUGUAGAUCCUAUGUCUCCACUGUACAUUGUCCCAGUGUGCCAGAGGCUCAGCUUACACAAGUCAGAUCUCUGCAGUAGUUGAGAGGAAGAGGUACAUUUAAUGUUUUUUUUUACCCCCAGUACCUGUAGAGCUUCCAUUUGAACCCUCUCACCUGGCCUUUGAUUUGAUUUGUCGGCCUUCUCAUGCUGAGAUUUUAUGGUUUAUGCUGACAUUGCAUAAGUAUAUUUGAAAAAUAACUCAGCAUUGAGUGAAUGUACGCACACCUGUGUGCGUGAAGAAUUUGGAGAUGGUUAACUUGUGCUGCAUUUUUGACACAGAAACGGUCCCAAAAAUACUCGCAAGGUCGAGCAGCAUCCAAGAGGAGCUGACCUGUCAUGUUGGUGUUUUUUCCCCAGCAGUGGCGUGGUGGAUAGCGUUGUGGAAGUCAUCAGGCCUGGCCCUAUCCCAGCACUGUUUUAACCCAACGUCUGCAGGGAGCCUGAGCAUUCAUGCCGUCAUUGAUCAGCCAUGUACCAAUGUCUUGGGAGUUUUGUCCCCUCCACCCCCCCCUUAUCUCAGUCCCCUUGCAGCUCUGAGACUAAUUUAUCUUUUCAAUCGUGAACUUUGUGGCUUGCAAGCCAUUGUGCAUAAGAAUAAUAAUCUUGGCUGGAAACAGCGGUUCAGAAAAUGGAAGUUAGCAAUUUUUGUAUAAAUAAAUAAAACUAAUGAUAUUAAUA